AUGCGAAGACAGUAUCGAUAUACGCCUGCUAUCAACCACGGUUCGCGAGGCUUGCCUGAGCGCUAUGUGUGGCACUCUGAUGGUGGUAGUCCAUCCGACAAGAAUAACCGAUAUGGGUCAUCGUCGGGCAGGGGGGACUCGAGCUCAUUUGACGUUGGUCCUGGUGACCUCAGCCCCACCGGCAAGCGUCUCAACUUGGCGAGAGCUGCCACAUAUAUAGGGGUUGUUGAUAGACAGCAAACUAUUGAUGGGCUCGGGAAAGAACCUUUCGAGUGGAGCAUUAAAGCUAUUGGGUCGUACUCGUGCCAUCGGAACUCUACCGCUUCGGAUACCUAUAUUGUGAUACCGGGAGUGCCACCUCUUUACACUCCGCCAAGUACAGCGGAGGGGGACAUCGAAUUGGAAAAGAAAUUGGAGGGGCCUGAAGACGUCUUGAUGCACUACGACCUGUCCUAUCCUCUUAGGGCUGCCCAACGUGUUAUUGAGAAGUGCACUCCCGAUUUCGAUUGGUCCAAUGUCGACUUGGUCACCAACCGAGGGACACUGUGUGACCUAUUACGAUUCAUAGGAGCCCUUACGAGCCCUAAUCAGAAGUCCAAGCCCUUUGAGUUUCCUCUUAACGGUGCUAUCAAUGGCGAACCGGCGACAGUUGAAUGGAGCUAUAGACACCACGCGAGUUACAGAGAGUAUAAGAACUCUUUCAAAAUGACGAUGACUACCACACCGCCUGGCUCAGAGGCUCUUUAUCGUCAUCAUCGUUUUUCAAUGCUCAAACUGGGCAAUCUCAAUGUGGUAGUCAGGGCGGAGGUUGACGCUCUUGUGAAGGAAGCGCAGAGUGGAGGGGUGGAGUUGUCUGAUGACGGCUGGGAAUUCUGUGAUGAAGGUCGGUGUGCUGUAUGGACCCAAAAGGCUGGGGUGUUCGAUCCUAAUGAUACUACGGUGGAGCUGAAGUGCCGUACGUUGAAAUGCCCCCGUGCAGGCUUCAAAGCGGCCUACUAUCAGAUGGCCCUCGGUGAUAGUGACAAGCUAGCGGUUGGUCGACACCAGGAAGGGCAUCUCGUUAAAGUUGAGGAAUUCACCCUUGCUGAAGUGAAGGCGAAAGCCACUGAUGAUAUCAAUAAACGAUGGGCUCAGUUGGGGAGCCUUCUGGAGGAGUUACUUGACUUGAGCUAUGGAAAGCUAUCGACUAUUGUUUGGAAUGGCAAGAGUAGCAAGCUUAUUGUGAAGGCUAGAAGGAAUGAGUGGGACUAGUCUCCACGUCUAGUUUGGUGAUGCUUGUGAACACUACUACUAUUAGCAUUAAGAUUGAUUGUUCCAAUUAUCAUCAUCUCUACCGUCAUUGUAACGUACAAGUACUGCUGGACAUCAUCAUCAAUUCUAUUUCUGUCAACGAUUAUUUGGUAUAUUAUUUUGGUGCACAAUUCAUCAUCAACAGCAGCAGCAGUGUGAACAAGAACAGAGGCUUUAUCACCA